GUUUAGUGAUGGGUUGAUCUUUGGAAGAGGGAGGUACAAGAUGUGUUCUGCAGGAGGAAACAGCAACACUAGUGGGGGAGGAGACAAGGGAGAUGGAAGAGGUGCAGAAGCAGAGAGUGGGAGUGGACAGAGUCUGGGACCAGAGGAGUACACCAGACUGGCCCGUGAUGGUAUUCAACUGAUGCUCAACAACAGAUUCACCGAGGCAGAAGAACUCUUCCGUCACCACACACAAGAUAAUCUCCACAUGGCAAUGGGCCACUGUUACCUCACCUUUAUGAAUGCAGUCAUGUCUUUUGAGGAGGAGAAGGUGACAUACAGCAUGGAAACACUACGGAGCAUGGAGAGGAGGUGUGGCGGAGGAGAAAAUGGAUGGUUCUCCUCUGUUAAGAGCAUUGUCAUGGGGUCAAGGAAUGGCCAAGAACAGGGAGAGGAACCAGGCUCACAGCUGGAGCAGCAGGUGAUUCUAGCUGACUGUCAGGUACUUCUGGCCAUCCUCACAUUCCUCCAACAAGAGAUUGGUUCAUACGUCAAAGGAGGUUGGGUGUUACGCAAAGCAUGGAAGGUCUAUGAGCAUGCUUACACCAAGGUCAAGAGAUUGUAUAAGCAAACAUUUGGUGAAGCCCAAGAUGUGCCUCCUAGCAGUCCAACAGAGGAAUACCAUAGUUCUUUGCACACAAACACAGAUGAUCUAAAGAGUCCUGGGUCCUGGUCAGUUGGUCCCACUGGAGUGCCAGGCCCAGCUGAAGACUCUUCAGAGUCAAGUCAUCACUCCGCCCCAUCAUCAUCCUCGACCUCGACCCUGGGCCUUCGUAUUCCUCUUUCCAAGUCUGUACCCAACCUGAAGGGGUUCCUCUACUCAAACAAUAAACAUCAACCCAAGAGUCGGCCUUUACCUCCUGAUAUGGUGUCUCGACUGAUGGCGUCUGUAAGUUUUGGAUAUGGCUUGUUCCAGCUUUGUAUGUCUCUCCUACCUCCAUCUCUGUUGCGGCUUGUUCACGUACUUGGAUUACAGGGUGACAGAUUGGCUGGACUCUCUGCCCUUAUGUUUACACGCAAGUCACAUGACAUGAGAGCUCCCUUAGCUACGUUGACCUUACUCUGGUAUCACACCAUCGUCCGCCCGUUCUUUGCUCUAGAUGGUAGCAAGGUGCGGGCAGGGGUUGAGGCAGCUCAUCUCCUUUUGCAAGAGGCCCAGCAGAAUUAUGCACAGUCUGCCCUAUUUCUCUUCUUUCGGGGUAGAGUUCACCGACUUCAGGGUGACAUUGGUGGAGCCCUGAUGUCAUACCGUGGUGCUCUGCAGGUUUCACCCCAGAGGGAACUGCAGCUGCUGGCUCUGCAUGAGGUUGCAUGGUGCCACCUGCUGCAGCUGAACUGGAGUCAUGCCCAAGGUGCCUUUGCUAACCUCAAAAAGGAGUCCAGGUGGUCCAAGAGCUUCUAUGCCUAUUUAUCUGCUGUGUGUUUAGGGGCAUCUGGCAGACUAGAAGAUUGUGCAAAAGGGAUGAAUGAAGUCCCGACUCUCGUCCGCCGAUCCAGUCAUGCUCUGGAGGCAUUCUUGAUGCGACGAGCACUCAGGUCCAAGGGUGAUACUUUAACCAAGAACUAUUGUCUCCUACGUGCCUAUGAGCUCCUCUACAUGUGGAACGCUCUCUCAUCGUGUUCUUUACAACAUCGACUGCAAAUGGUUGAAGAAUUACAGUAA